AAAACAAUAUUUGUUUGUAAUUUGUAUUCUGAAUUCACCGAAUAUUAACAAUAAACUUGUCUCCGAGGCUUUGCAGCUAUAUUUUUCUUCCUCAUUAUUUAUGUGUUUGAUCGUUGUUGCUGUGUCCUACAGUGCCUUGAAAGGAAGCAAUCUUCUGUCUGGAAGGUUCAAGCACAUCCUAAUGAGGCUGCUACUAUUGAAAAUUCUUCAAAUUCUGCACCUGUAUUGGUCAAUGAACCUAAAGUUGCUUCACCAAAAGAGGAAGAUAACCAUAAUGGGAAACCCUCUGGUCCAAGCACUUCUACUGAUGCAUCUUCAGUUUCCACAUUUAUGAAUCAAGUUUCAGAACUUGUUAAACUUGUGGAUUCUAGAGAUAUUGUGGAGCUGCAACUGAAGCAAGCAGACUAUGAGCUUACGAUAAGGAAAAAGGAAGCUUUGGAGCCUCCUCCACAGGUGUCACAACCAUAUCCCUAUCCGGCAUAUGCUUCGCCACAAGCACCACCACCACCACCUCCAGUUGCUGUUUCUGCUCCUGCAAGCGCUCCACCUUCAAAAGUAGUUCCUGCCUUGCCUGCGCCUGGAAAAACCAGUGCAUCAUCUCAUCCUCGGCUUAAAUGUCCAAUGGCAGGAACUUUCUAUCGAUGUCCCGGACCUGGUGAACCACCAUUUGUCAAGGUGGGAGAUAAAGUUCAGAAAGGGCAGGUUGUUUGCAUUAUUGAAGCUAUGAAACUGAUGAAUGAAAUUGAAGCUGAUCAAUCAGGAACAGUAACUGAGAUACUAGUAGAAGAUGGGAAACCAGUCAGUAUAGACAUGCCUCUUUUUGCAAUUGCACCAUGAGGUACAAGAAGGGACCUUACAAAGUAGUUGUUGGAUCAACAAGGCACAAACAUUGUGAUAAUUCAGAUAUAUAUUUAUUGUGCAAUAAUAUUUGUUCCAUUUUAGAAAAUCAUUUCAUUUAUUUAAAGAGACAUUUCAAGACAUAAAUGCCGUGGCAUAUCAGGAGCGUUGGAAUUUGUAGUUCUAUAUAAACAGUUUUAAUAAUAUUUUCUUGUAAAAAAAGAAAGUUUUAAAAUUUUAGUCUCAGCAUUUACCUAAAUUUGGAUUGAAUGAUGUGAAUUUGAGUGUGCA